AUGUUUGGCCCUGUUCUUAGAGUCCUUAAAGCCUUAGCAGUACCUUUUAGUAAUGGUGGGGUUAGUCCCAAAAACUCCACUACCGAUACUCAUCACGAUCUUACGGGAGCGAGUUUUGUGUUUCGGAAAUUCAAAAUGACUCAGACUGUUCCAUUAUCUCCGGUAAUAAACCGAUUCACAAGACGCGCCUCAGUAUGUGCUGAAGCUUAUAAUCCUGACGAAGAAGAAGAUGAUGCGGAGUCCAGGAUUAUACAUCCCAAAACUGAUGAUCAAAGAAAUCGAUUACAAGAGGCUUGCAAAGACAUCCUGCUGUUUAAGAACCUGGAUCCGGAGCAGAUGUCUCAGGUGUUAGAUGCCAUGUUUGAAAAAUUGGUCAAAGAAGGGGAGCAUGUAAUCGAUCAAGGCGAUGAUGGUGACAACUUCUAUGUGAUCGAUCGAGGAACAUUUGAUAUUUACGUGAAAUGCGAUGGUGUCGGAAGGUGUGUGGGUAACUACGACAAUCGUGGGAGUUUCGGUGAACUGGCCUUAAUGUACAAUACGCCCAGAGCAGCCACCAUCACUGCUACCUCUCCGGGAGCUCUGUGGGGUUUGGACAGGGUAACCUUCAGGAGAAUAAUUGUAAAAAAUAAUGCCAAAAAGAGAAAAAUGUAUGAAAGCUUUAUAGAAUCACUGCCAUUCCUUAAAUCUUUGGAAGUUUCUGAACGCCUGAAAGUGGUAGAUGUCAUAGGCACCAAAGUAUACAACGAUGGAGAACAAAUCAUUGCUCAGGGAGAUUUGGCAGAUUCUUUUUUCAUUGUAGAAUCCGGUGAAGUGAAAAUCACCAUGAAAAGGAAGGGCAAAUCCGAGGUGGAGGAGAAUGGCGCAGUAGAGAUCGCUCGGUGUUCUCGGGGACAGUACUUUGGAGAACUUGCUCUCGUCACUAACAAACCCCGAGCAGCUUCCGCGCACGCCAUCGGGACUGUCAAAUGUUUAGCCAUGGAUGUGCAAGCAUUUGAAAGGCUUUUGGGACCUUGCAUGGAAAUUAUGAAAAGGAACAUUGCCACCUACGAAGAACAAUUAGUUGCCCUGUUUGGAACUAACAUGGAUAUUGUUGAGCCCACUGCAUGAAGCAAGAGUACGGAGCAAGACCUGUAGUGACAGAAUUACACAGUAGUGCUCAGUCCACUGAGGGUGUGUUUGUGUAGGUGCCAAGCAUUUUCUGUGAUUUCAGGUUUUUUCCUUUUUUUACAUUUACAAUGUAUCAGUAAGCGGAGUAGUGAUUUAAUACUCAGUAGGCUUUAACAUCACUUUCUAAAGAGUAGAUCAAAACAAUAUCGACAUACCGAUGAAGUGACUUUGUACUCCACAAAAUUACGAUCUCAGUGAGAGGUUUAUUCACGAGUGUAAUAUAUUGAAAGUAUCUGUGUGCAGGAAGACAAUGGAAGGGUGUUAGCAUGGGCAGCACGUGUUCACCUGGACUUCCUUGGAUUGCUGUGUUAGUGACUGUGCCCAUGUGAAAGGGAACUUGGCAGUGAACCAUGCUCUACAGCAUGGCAUCGUAUUCUUUUUACGACUCACUAUAUAUAUAGUAAGUACAGUUUUCAUCAUUUUUGUUUUCAAGUUUUUCUGGCUUGAUAAGUUAUGUGCUGGCCUUGGACUAUGGCAAAAUGGCAUAAAACAUCAUAUGCAAUUCUAAAACCUUUUGUAUUCUUGCAAUAAAGUACAUUUUGACUUCUUUGGCCAAAUGUCAGUAAACCUACAUGUUCUAGUGGUUUAAGGAUGGGCAGUGUAGUCACUGUGACAGUAGGGAGCAGAGAUCGUUAGCAGUUUCCUCAUAAAGCAUAUAUCUACUUCCUUUUUUUCCAUUUCGUGGUUCUCUUUGAGUUUGACAUGUAAUGUCACAAAUAGGUUUUGUUAAUGCUAUUUAAACUUGUCUUCUAGAAGCUGAAGAUACUACAUAUGCUAAGAAAAAAAAAACCCUCCUAUACCAAAAAUAUUUUGGAGUCCUUAUCAACAUGCCCCCAAGAUAUUUCUCUGUUCUUCACUAGGCAUGCAUAAUACAGUCCUUUGCAGACGUCUGUUCCCAUGGGUUUCCUUUAAGGUUGUAGAAAUAAAUUUUUAUAAGCAAAACCCUAUCUGAAGAUAAAAGGAGCUGCUGCCCAGUCCAGAUGUACCGCUAGACCUUGCCAUUUGCAUGAAUGUAGACUCAAAUGUGCAGGGUGAACUCGAAUUGAAUAGGUUUUCAUUGAUAGUUGAUACGCUCAUUAUUCUGCUAUCUAGGAUGAGUUAAAUCCCAUUCAACCAAAGCAGUUUUGAUCUUAACAUGAUUUCUAGGCCCAUGUGACCACAGUGUCUGGAGGGGUUAAUUCUAACCAGUUGUUCACUUUUCAAUGAGCAAUUUCAUAUUGGGAAAUAGGUUUUAAAGAACUGUGUACCUGGGUGAAAGUAUUCUGUGGCUGUUACAGUGUGGUGUUACUGUAGAAUGUCAAUGGUCUUCUAUAAUGAAAACGUGGCUACAAUCUGUUCAUCGGAUCAUGUACCUGUAAAGAGUGUGUGAACUAUAACUUCAGCCCCGUUUUAGAUACUGUUGAACAAUCUGCAAACCUUCUUGUAGGAAGAGCGCUUACUACACGAAGAUGACUUGUUUCCUAUUUCAGUUUUUAUUUUAAAAGCCAUGUCUGUUAGACAAAGAAAUGCAAAGAACCCGCCCGAAGCCCCGGCUCACCCUUCUGUAUUCUUCACCCACGUUUUCAGAUACCUUGUUGCACAAGCUGAUCGUUAACUGUUCAUGGAAUAGCAAACAGAUGCCUGUUGAAUAAAGAAUUCUGACCAGGGCUGUAAAUGCCAGUUACAUUAUUUUCAGUAUUGUUGGUUAUAUUUAAAUUUACCUUAUAAUAAAGCACACUUUUAUAAUAAAA